AUGUUGUGUGUAAGUGCUGUCAGACCAGGAUGCUGCAGCUGCUGUUCAGAGAGAAGGGGCUCCCAACAUAUCCAGGGCCUUCAGCACAUGGAAGCAGCGCCUACAGCAGAGCUGUCGGAUGUAACCAGAGCACUCCUUCCUCUACCCUCACUGCAGCCCCCGCAGCUCCACACCUUCCAGAGUUGGAGGUACAGGACGCAGAGGCCUUGGAGUUACACUGAUCCUUUCCAGGAGCAGGAUGUUGUGGAGAGGUUCAAAUGGCAGAGACAAGGCAUCCCAUUUGGAGCUGCGACAUCCUAUGUACAUCUAGAGAAGCUAUGUGAAGGAUCUUGUGCAACUGUGUACAAGGGGAUCAGCAGGAUCAACAGCCAGUUGGUGGCGUUGAAAGUGAUCAGGCUGGAGGCAGAGGAGGGAGUGCCCUUUACAGCCAUUCGGGAAGCUUCUCUUCUCAAGCAUUUGAAACAUGCCAACAUUGUACUGCUUCAUGACAUUAUCCAGACCAAGGAGACACUAACAUUUGUCUUUGAGUACAUGCACACAGAUCUAGCACAGUACAUGGGCCAGCAUCCUGGAGGACUUCAUUCGUGCAAUGUUAUGCUCUUCAUGUUCCAGCUUUUGCGCGGCCUGGCUUACAUCCACCAACAACACAUUCUUCACCGUGAUCUGAAACCCCAGAACUUGCUCAUCAGUUGCCUUGGUGAGCUCAAAUUAGCUGACUUUGGCCUUGCUUGUGCCAAGUCCAUCCCCAGACAGACAUACUCCUCUGAAGUGGUAACACUCUGGUACCGUCCUCCUGAUGUGUUGCUUGGAGCUACAGAUUAUUCUUCUGAUCUAGAUAUCUGGAGUGCAGGCUGUAUAUUUGUUGAAAUGAUCCAGGGCCAGCCAAUAUUUGCAGGAACUUCUGGUACUCAUGAACAGCUGGUGAAGAUCUGGGCGGUAUUGGGGGUCCCAACUGAGGACACCUGGCCAGGACUUUCCAAGCUCCCCAACUAUAACCCAGAACUGGUUGCUUCCAGGAGACCUCAGAGACUCCGAGUCAUCUGUGACAGGCUGAGCAGGGUGCCAGCAGCGGAGGAUUUGGCAUCCAGGAUGCUUACAGCCUUCCCUCGAGGCCGGAUCUCUGCGCAAGAUGCGCUUCUUCAUGGCUUCUUCAGCCCUCUGCCUCCUCAGCUCUAUCAGGUUCCUGCUGGACAAUCAGUGCUCACAGUUCCAGGAGUGAGACUGCAACCUGAAAUCUGUGACCUGUUUGCUUCUUACCGAAAAGGCCAUCUCUCAGGAGGUUCAAGCAAGUUUUGGUAG